UGAAUGAUGCAAGCAACCCAACCAUAAUAACUGAGAUACCUAUUUAGUACGGCACAUACCUGAUAUAAAGGUGGCUACGCCCCAGAAUUUGACGAGCAUUCCGACCGACCCGAUCAAGCACACAGCCGGCUCAAACUAAAUACAGUACGAACAGCUCAAUCAAACCACAACCAUCACAAAAGUUACGAUGGGUUCCGAAGACAAGAUCAUCCUCUACACCAACCACCGCUGCCCUUGGGCACACCGUGCGCACAUCACCCUCGCAGAGCUCAACCUCCCAUUCGAGGAGGUCAUCAUCGACCUCGAUGUGCCUCGCACGGCCGAGUACCUAGCCGUCAACCCGCGCGGCCUGGUGCCCUCCAUCUCCUUCAACGGCGAGAUCAUCACCGAGUCCGCCAUCGUCGCGCAGUUCCUCGUCGACUCGCGCCCGAACCAUCUGGUCCCGCAGACGGGCAACGCCGAGGCCGCCCUCCGCCGCGCCCGCAUCGCCUUCUUCGUCGACGCCUUCAUCUCCGGCUCCACCAAGCACCUGUUCAAGAUCGCCGCCGCCAAGACCGACGCCGAGGCCGAGGAGCCCGCCCGGGAGGCACUGCAGCAGCUCGUCAAGGAGGUGGAGCCCCUGCUCGCCGACGCGAAGCCCUUCUUCGGCGGCAGCGACAAGCUCACCUUUGCCGAGGUCCUAACCGCCCCAUUCGCCAUUCGUCUCUUGACGCUGUCUAAGGCCGGUGUCUAUCCCAAGAUCCUCGCCGAGCAGCUCCCCGAGAAGGCGCCCAACUUCACCAAGUGGGCCGAGAAGCUGUCCAGUCACCAAAGCGUGGUCAACAUCUACCGCGAGGAGGAUAUCAUUAGGACGGCAAAGGCGAGGAUUGCGAAGCUCAGGGCUGCUUAAAUGAUGCUGCGCAAGUGGGAAACUCCAGCCCUUCUUUUCUUUUAUAGUAACUCGGCAGAACCGAGGAAAUUGAAGAAACGUGGCCCUAUGAAUUCCUACGCAGCGGACACUCGUUUCGAGGUGAUAUGACAUGACAGGACUGGCGACUUGGUGUCUCUAUUUAUUCAAACCCAGCUUCUCUUGCGAACAAGGCAGUCGAGAAUGAAAAUACGUUGGCUUGCAAUCACUAGCAGGCUUUAUUAGAAAUGAGGGUAUAACCCAUGCGAAAAAGGUGCAGCAAAUGACGGAUAGCCCAGAGUCUCGCCCUAGAUACCCUCAACCUGAAGCUUCUCG